CAUUAACAAUACGCAUAGUGUAACAACCAGUUUAAAAAUAGAUUUUCAGAAUUACACCUUAUAUUACGCGGUACGACAACACUAGCGCUAUACAUGUAGUCGCGUAACUUGCAUUGGCAAUGAGCUACAUGUUUUUGACGAAAAAGUGUUGGAUUUUCAUUUGCCUAACUUUAAGUAGUUAAGUGGAACGCUGGCCAGGUGAGACGUCCACACUGGGUGGGCUAAUGUAAGGCCUGCAUCACCGGUCACAGGCUCUAUGACGGGUUUUCAUCCACGUAAAAAAAACGCGGUUGAGUUGAGUCAUCGUUGUGAGUGCGUUGGUCUGGUCCUAGCUCGAGCUCCACUGAAGCAGUGCCUCGGUCGCAUUGGUUGUCAUGUGAACUACCACGGGUGAUAUACAUUACUGAGGAAUUAUCUCAACAGUGAACCUGUACUAUGUUGCCAUCGCGUUCCUCAAACUGCACAUGUCGACAGGUUUACAGCACGCUGACACUAAUACAUACCGGCAUUGAUUGUGAUUGAAGUGCCCGCAAGAAUAGCCUUGGACAGUCUAAAUUGGGUUUUUAUACGCUCGUUCUUAGAAAUACUUGAACAAAGGCGGUGUCCUAUAGAGUAUUUUUCAAUACGAUUAUCGCCGAGAAUAGCUUGCGACUCAAACCAGUGCUCUAACAAUGGGACGUGCAGCGAAGUUCUACAUUGUACAUCUUAUUCGGUGGUAAAACCUUAGAAGUUAAUCGCUAAGACGGUAUUGAGACGAUCAAAAGAUCGAUUUGAACUGUGGUAAAUAUUGAUUCGCUCAGACAAGACGCUGAUCCGGCGAUAGGAAAAACCAAGGACCCAUGUAAAAGAACUCCAAUCCCCUCCCCCCAAAAAACCAACAACAACAACAACAACGAGGCUUUUCUGUACGCUACGUAGUGUUUAACAGUCAACUCCUGGAUAGAGGAUAAUGGCCAGUUAACUCCAAGCUAAAUUGUUUACUGCCAGUGAUGAAAGGUCUACAGGGGACGCUAACAGUUACCUGCACUGCAGCCGAAUGCUGACUGACCGUUCAUUACAAUGCAAAGUUAAUCGGGACUUUGCUUCGAGAACUCCACUUUGAUGAAAACCCAGCUAAUAUCUUUCAGGUCUACCAACGGUAUAGAAGCGUUAAUGAAGGUCAUUGCCCAUCGGUCCUUUGUGUAAAAUUGUUUUAUCUGAACUCUAGCGUAACAUGGUUUUAAUUGAUCACAAAGGUAGUUUUGAAAGGUAAAGUAAUGGCGUCGAGCACAACAGAAACAUAUUUAAGCGAUCCUGACCGAGCUGUCGUAGGAAAACGCACGGACUUAGCACAGGGAGAAAAGAUGUCCAGACUUACUCGUAACAGUUCGAUAGUGUCAGAAAACGACGAAUUGGAAAAGGACCAAGUAGACCUUUCUCUAUGUGUGUUAUGUCAGAAGGACCUGCAGACUCCCAAACUUCUCCCUUGCUUACACUCUUUUUGUAAAGUUUGCUUAGUAAAACUGGUUCAGGAUAAAGAUACCUGUGGACCUACUUCGUGCCCGUUGUGCCGGGACACUGACUCUUCCCCAUUUGACGACGUAGACACGCUCACAGAUAAUACCUUGUUGUCAUCACUACAAGAAUUAAAACGGAUGAAGGGUAACCAUGAUAUGGAUUUGCACCCAGAUGAUCUCCCACAAUGUGAGGUAAAGUGCACUUCUUGUGACCGUGCUAAUCCAGCAACGUGCCGUUGUACCAAUUGCCAAGAUUUUCUUUGCGAUACUUGCACAUUAUCUCAUAAGAGUUUGAAAAUUUUACAGCAUCAUGAAUUGAUUGAAAUAAAUUUGUGGAGACAGCAAAACAAAUCAUUCGAACAAAACUGUCCUAAGCACAGCGGUGAGCCAAUAUCGUUCUACUGUCAAACUUGCAAGGCAUUAGUGUGUAAGGACUGUACCGAUCUCGACCACCGACCACCACAACACAACACAUGUUCUCUGCUAGAGGGAGCAGUAUUAUGCCGCCGAACAGUCGAUAAACUUCUCACACUUUCAAGACAAACGGAAGCAAAGUUCAAAGGGGCCUGGGAAAUUUUAACCUCAAUGAAGGCAGAGCUUAUGGAAACAACGAAGAGUCUUCGUUAUCAAGUACAGGAUGCAUUCAAGAAAGAGAGGGACGUUCUCGAAGAACGGGAAAAGGAGUUCCUGUCUAAGAUUAAUGUCAUCGAGAGACAGCGAGAGGCAACAGUAAAUACGCACUUAGAUCGAGUGGAGACUGUUCUGGAAAAGUUAUGGACAGCAUUUGACAUGGCAGAAAUGUUAAUGGAUAAUGGAAAUGAUUUUCAUUUCCUGAGCUUGGAACCGGUAGUUUGCACAAGGCUUCAAUCGCUCUAUAAAACCAGCCCCGAGCUUCCAAACUCAGACCUGACAAUAAUAGAUUUAACGGAUGAACAGAGAACAGACUCAGUGGAGGAACAGAACCCAGGCCCUCGUGCCGAAGCAACAGAAAAGGACAAAAUGAUCGUUUGGGAACUUGAAAAAACUGUAGGAGAUCGAGGAUCUGGGAAAGGGCAAUUUGACUGGUGCAAGGGAGUAGCAGCCUCUUUGGAUAGCCAUGCGGUUGUUGCCGAUUGGGGAAAUGACCGUGUGCAGGUUUUUGACGACCAGCGACAUUUUGUGUGUGUCCUCAACUCGAAUAAUCUUGAAAGCGGAAAACUUUCAAUGCCGCAUGACGUAGCUUGUCUUCUUGAUGGUCGUUUCGUUGUAGUAGAUAAAUCCAGCUAUGCCAAAAUUUACGACCCAAAUGGGAUUUUCUUGGAUAGAUUUUCUACACUAACGGAGAGCGACACAAGACUAUCAGCGGUUGAACUCAGUUGUGUCACAGUAGAUCGUCGGAGUCGUAUCCUGAUCGGCGACUGCAAACGAAACUUAAUAACGGUGCACUAUGUUGACGGGAAGAUAAUCAAAACAAUCCCAGCUGUUGGUCCUGAGCACAUAGCAACAACCUCGAAGGAUCUUCUUGUUGUCAGCUGCCCGCGGAAGCAGAAAGUCCGAGUAAUGAAUCAUGAGGGACGAUUUCUGUUUCAAAUGGAAACCUUCGGAGCUGGUGAAAAACUUAAACCAAGAGGUGUUGCCUGCGACGAUGAAGAUAAUAUUUAUGUGGUUCACAAGGAAAGAGGCGGAGAAAAAUCUGUCCACGUAUUCAAUAACCAUGGGAAAUAUUUAGCGUGUGUGGCUAAGAAUCUCAGAGAACCAUAUGACGUUGACAUAGCACCGAAAGGAAGAGUCAUCAUUUCCGAUGACGAUACCCUCAAAAUCUUCACAAAGAAAGACCAAAAAUAAUUAUCAACUUUUAGCACGCAUGCGCAUGAAUCUGCCGUCUUGAUGCUAGUUGUGAUUUCAUUCGUAAAGUGUUCGCCUUUUGCGGACGUGUAAGAAACUAUAUAGUUUGUGCGUUGGUGAUUGGUCCCCGCGCGCUGUUCGCGAGCACGGUGCUGUGAAAAAGCGUAUUCGUACUCCGUCGUGUCCGAUGUAAACAACCGAGGUAUUUUCGUCUUUUGUCUUUGAACC